GACACUCUUGUCUUGGUGUCGACCGACAGCAGAUACAAGUUGCACUCGACCCAGCUCACCCAAGCCAGCGGCUACUUCGCCAACCUCCUGAGUACUGCUGGACCUGCCUUGUCGCGCGAAGGGGCUCGUGCCGGUCUUCGUUUCCUGCUGGUUCUGCAAGACUUCGACGAGGCCACAAACAGACCUAUCCACCCGGUCUUCAGACGCGUUCCUCUUGACAACAAUGGCCGUGCUCAGAAGAAGUACAGCUUGAUGCAUGAGGACGAUCAAAGCACCCGUUACCGCUCUUCCCUGUUCUCCGACUAUGACAGAUUGCUGCGGACUUUUGCCAACCAGCCUGUUACUCUUGACGACAAGAGCAUCGACACCUUGCUUCCCGAUUCUAUGGGUCUGAUCGAAGUUGCUGAGAAGCUUGACGCUGUGUCCAUGAUCGCAAAGAUCAUCGAGAACCACUUGCUUGCUAAGGGACAGGACAUCUUCAAGGCCAUCUCGGCCAGCCCUGUCAUCUGGAUCGACGUCGCCUUCCGCAUCCAGUCCAAGGUUCUUUUCAAGGAAGCACUCAUUCACCUGACUGGAAAGUACAACGCUCUGGUUGCCACACCACCUGAGGAUGCUUUCGUCAAGAAGUACCCCAGAGCACGUUCCAUUCUCGAUCAACUUGACCCUGACCUCCGCAACCUGCUUGAACGCAAGCACAACAUGCUGAAGGAGAUCUGUCAGACUGUCGAGAAGAGCGUCAGCACCCACUAUCCACCAGGCAUCCAGAAGUCUUCUGUUACUGGCCAGGCCAAGACCGAUCCCAUUGGCAGAAUCGACUAUGCCAAGGACGUCUUCACCUGGGUUGGCGUGGCACUCUAUCGUCACUGGUGGGGCCAGAUGAUUGCCAGCGACGCCACCCACAACAACAAAUUCGGCGGCCAUGACAUCUACACCCGUCUCUUCAACGGCGGUCAGAGCUACCUGACCCGCGAGGUCCAGAGUGGUUUCCACCAGCACUUUCCCAUGAGCGGCAAGGGCCAGAAAGUCCUGCAGAACAACGUCGACAUCAUCAAGGCUGGUGUCACCAAGAUCGUGACUCCGUUGAUGAAGAACGAGAGUCAGCUCGACAUCACCAAGUUCCCUGUCAAGUGGCUGACUUGCAUCAUCGUCAAUGGUGCCGACUACCUCUGGGAUCCUGAAGUCGAGCCUGAGGUGGAGCCCGAGCAG